AUUUCCGUCCGCGGAGAAACAGAAAGCAGCGGGCGGAGGAGCGGGCCGAACGGCUUGGGCCGUACCUCCCUGGUCGUAAGUGGUGAGUGAACCCGAGACGCAGACAAAGGUGAGCGCAGGGCCGAGGCGGGAGUGCGCGAGUUUCUCGGCCUUUGCCUUGAAAACUAGGGGUCCGUGCUUCCAGAGGGACGGAGCGGAGCGUCGUCGCCUGGGAAACGGCGUGAGCCCCAGGCCCGCAAGCCGGCUCCCAGGAUGGCCAUGGUGGAGGCCCAGGGCCGGCUAUGGCUGGAGAGCCCCUCUGGGGGAGCGCCUCCCAUCUUCCUGCCCUCAGGCGGGCAAGCCCUAGUCCUGGGCCGGGGACCCUUGACCCUCGUUACCGACCGGAAGUGCUCCAGAAACCAAGUGAAGCUGGUCGCAGACCCUGAGACUCGGACUGUGGCAGUGAAACAGCUGGGCGUUAACCCCUCAACUGCCGGGACUCAGGUGCUGAGCCUGGGGUUAGAGGCCUCUCUAGGGGUAGGGGACACGUUGUAUUUGGUGAACGGCCUCCACCCGCUGACCCUGCGCUGGGAAGAGGCCCGCACGCCCGAAUCCCAGCCAGAUACUCCACCCGGUACCCCUCCUGUGGCCCCAGACAAAGAGGAGGAGGAUGUUGAGCAGCGGAAAAAGCGGAUACGGAAGUCAUCCCCUGGCUGGGAGAGCUUCGGGAAGCUGCUAGUGUUCACUGCACCUGGUGUGAAGCCUCGGGGCAAGGUGGCCGGUUUUGAUCUAGAUGGGACCCUCAUCACCACACGUUCCGGGAAGGUCUUUCCCACUGGCCCCAGUGACUGGAGGAUCCUGUACCUCGAAAUUCCGCACAAGCUCCGGGAACUGGAUGCCGAGGGUUACAAGUUGGUGAUCUUCACCAACCAGAUGGGCAUUGGGCGCGGCAAGCUGCCAGCAGAGGAGUUCAAAGCCAAGGUGGAGGCUGUGAUGGAGAAGCUGGGGGUCCCCUGUCAGGUGCUGGUGGCCACACAUGCUGGCUUGUACCGGAAGCCGGUGAUUGGCAUGUGGGACCACCUGCAGGAGCAGGGCAACGAGGGUGUGCCUAUCUCCAUCAGGGACAGCGUCUUUGUGGGAGAUGCAGCUGGGCGCCCAGCCAACUGGGCCCCUGGGAGAAAGAAGAAAGACUUCUCCUGUGCAGACCGCCUGUUUGCCCUCAACCUAGGCCUGACCUUCGCCACCCCAGAGGAGUUCUUCCUGAAGUGGCCUGUGGCCAGGUUUGAGCUCCCAGCCUUUGACCCGAGGACCAUCUCCCGCUCUGGGCCUCUUUGCCUCCCUGAGUCCAGCACCCUCUUAAGCUCAGACCCCGAGGUGGUUGUCGCCGUGGGAUUUCCUGGGGCUGGGAAGUCCACCUUCUUCCAGGAGCACCUGGUGUCAGCCGGAUACGUGCACGUUAACAGGGACACCCUGGGCUCAUGGCAGCGCUGUGUGAGCAUGUGCGAGACAGCCUUGAAGCAGAGGAAACGGGUCGUGAUCGACAACACAAAUCCGGACAUCCAGAGCCGGGCCAGGUACAUUAAGUGUGCCCAAGAUGCAAAGGUCCCCUGCCGUUGCUUCCUCUUCAGUGCCACCCUGGAGCAGGCGCGCCACAACAACAGGUUCCGGGAGAUGACAGACCCCUCCCACGUCCCAGUGUCUGACAUUGUCAUAUUCGGCUACAGGAAGCAGUUCGAGGCGCCCACGUUGGCAGAAGGCUUCUCAGAGAUCCUGGAGAUCCCGUUCCGGCUGCACGUGGCGCCGCGGUUCGAGAGGCUGUACUGCCAGUUUUCAGAGGGCUGAGCCCCCCACAACCUCCCAAUAAAUGCCAUUUCUCUUUA